CCAUCCCCUUUUACCUGCGAGUCCUUAUGAUGAGUUCAACUACAAGACAGAGUUCAGCUUUGUUGAGUUAAUGAUUCAUUGUCUACGAGUGGCUUGUUUAAAGAGCUUUGAGGUCACGGCAACACUACGCACUUGUACGACAAUGCCGGGCGAGAGGUUCUCGCUGUGUGCCCUCCUGCUGCUGCUCGGCGUGGCGGCGGGCGCCGAGGGCGGGCGCAUCUUGGUGUGGUACACCGAAGGCAGCCACUGGAUCAACAUGAAGCCCGUACUGGAAGCGCUGGUGGACCGCGGGCACCACGUGACCGUUUUGAUCCCCAGCGCUUCGAUGUUCAUGAAGGCCAGCGAGGAGUCUCGCUUCCACUACUUGCACUUCAACAGCUCGAUCUCCUUGGAGGAACUUGAGAGCUUCAUGGAAGAGUUCCUCGCCUUCUCCAUUUACGAAAUAGACUACAUGAACUACUUUCAGCUCUACGCCAAAUUCAUUGCCCUGAUGAAGACAGACAUGCAGUACGCGUUGAAGUAUCUGGAUGGCGUGGUGAAGUCGGAGAACAUCAUGAGCAAGCUAAAGGAGGGCAACUAUGACCUGGUCCUGGCGGACCCCAUCUACACGGGCAGCGAUUUGGUGGCCGAGAUCCUGGAUAUUCCGCUGGUCUAUUCGCUGCGCUUCUCCUUGGUGUACAACUAUGAGCGGUACUGCGGCCAGCUGCCUUCGCCGCCAUCUUUCGUGCCGGCCGUCAUGAGCAAACUGACCGACAAAAUGAGCUUCUCCGAGAGAGUGUGGAACGUACUCUUCUACGCUUUGAAUGACGCCGUGAUGGAAUUAACCCUUUGGUCAGAAGUGGAUAAAUACUACACGGAGUUCAAAGGCAAACCCACCAGUGCCUGUGAGUUGGUGGGUAAGGCAGACAUCUGGUUGAUAAGGACUUACUGGGAUUUUGACUAUCCUCGUCCUUUUUUGCCCAACUUCAAGUAUGUUGGCGGGAUCCACUGCAGACCCGCCAAAGCUUUACCAGAGGACAUGGAAGAGUUUGUGCAGAGCUCGGGCGAUGACGGCGUUGUGGUCUUCACUCUGGGAUCCAUGGUCAAGAACGUCAGCCAUGAGAAAGCCAACAUGAUUGCCUCGGGUCUUGCUCAGAUCCCCCAAAAGGUGCUUUGGCGGUAUACCGGAGUAAAACCAGAUACUUUGGGCCCUAACACAAGACUAUACGACUGGAUCCCUCAGAAUGACCUACUGGGUCAUCCCAAGACGCGAGCCUUCAUCACUCAUGGCGGCACCAACGGCAUUUACGAGGCCAUCUACCACGGGGUACCCAUGGUGGGCAUUCCGAUGUUCGCCGACCAGCCCGACAACAUGGUGCGGAUGAAGGCCAAGGGCACCGCUGUAACCGUGGACUUCAACUUCAUGUCGUCCGAGGACCUAAGCAACGCCAUCAAGACCAUCAUUGAGGACAAGUCGUACAAGGAGAACGCCAUGCGUCUGUCAGUCAUCCACCACGACCGACCCAAGAGUGCCCUGGAUGAGGCCGUAUUCUGGAUCGAGUUCGCCUUGAGACAUAAGGGCGCCAAGCACCUCAGGGUCCAAUCCCACGAGCUCACCUGGUACCAGUACCACUGCCUGGAUGUGGCCGGGUUCCUGCUUGCAGUGGUCCUGCUUUCAACGUUCCUCUUCGUUAAGGCGUGCAAGUAUUGCCUGCGUAGAUGCUGCGGCCGGAACAGGAAGACAAAGAAGAAGGCGGAGUAAUGGAAACAAGUCGUGUUUGUGCUAUGACUUUGUAUAUUUUAUACGCACAACAUUAGAUAUAGGUGGAGUAAGGCAAUCGGAUGCAAGCGCCGUCAAAAAAGUGACAAAUACUACAAAGAGCCGGGUGUAUGCCGCAGUGAGAUAUAAAUACCAGUCCUUUGACCUUAAAAGUUGUGAACCAUUA